AUAUGACGCCAAUGUGAAAACUUUUUCCCGGGGGCAAAUCUUGACGUGACAUGACGUUAAGUGUCGGUUCGUUGACUGCCUUUGUGAAUGCCACCAUUCGAAGUACAUUGUGGAACAUUUUGACGUGUCGUGUCGUCCAGUGUAUUGGCCUUAAAUCGACUUUUAAAUAUUUACUUGAAUACUUGUUUAAUGAUUAAAAGUAAUACAUGCUCUACUUCCACUCGAAGAAAAAUUACUAGUUUCCCAUGCGAAAAAAUCUCAAGUGGAAUUUCUCUCGGUUUGUGAGAUAAUCUUUGAACCGAAGUAUGCACGCUAUUGACGCAUGGGGUAACCGGCAUUAGUUUGUGUUACUGUGUUUUUGUGUAUUUUAAAUCGAUUAAGUACCGUGGAAGGCUUAAGUUUUUCUCGAAACUGCGCAUCGAUAAGUGUGAAUUGAAAUGUGUAACUAACACAAAAUAUUAUUGUGUUGGUGUAAACAACUAUUGCAUUUAGUAAGCUGAAAAGUGCAUUUAUUCCAUUAAUAAUGAAUCACCCUAUGGAACUCGAUGUGUGGGGAGGCGAUUGGGGGCUAGCUUCAAUUGAUUUACAUUGUCUAGAAGUAAUGGCGUAUGCAACAUUUUGCGGGGUACCUCUGCAGUAUAAUGCAACAAAUAAUCCGUUUCGGACGCCAAAAGGAAAACUGCCUGUAUUCAGGCAUGGAAGUCAUGUUAUAUGUGGUUUCGACGAAAUAUGUAGUUAUCUAAGGAAGAAGAAUUUCAUUGCCGAUUAUCUGCUGAUUCCAAAGCAACAAGCAGAAAUUGUAGCGUUUUCGGAACUGCUGAAACAAAAGUUAUAUCCAAGUUUGCAGUUUGCUUGGUGGGUAGAUGAAAAAAAUUACAUAGAAUUAACAAGACCAUGGUAUUCAAAAGCACUUCCAUUUCCUUACAACUAUUACUACCCAGGAAAGUAUGAGAAAGAGGCAAAAAACAUGAUGUCAGCUUUAUUUGGAGAGGAUGAAGAAUUCUCUGCUCUGGAAGCAAAUGUCUAUAGUGAAGGAGAAAAGUGUUUGAAUGACCUAUCUACACGACUUGGUGAAAAUGAUUUCUUCUUUGGGUCUCAUCCAACAUCAUUAGAUGCAAAAGUAUAUGCAUAUUUAGCACCUCUCUUAAAAGCACCAUUUCCUAAUGCUGCUCUUCAGAAUCAUUUGAAAGCAUGUGACAAUUUGCUCAAAUUUGUUGUCAGAGUGUCACAUAGGUAUUUCCCUAAAGCAGUACAAGGUAAGAAACUGUCUUCAGCAGACUGCAUGUGUCUCUCUACGUUGUACAUAAACCACAUAAUGUUAUUUAUUUUAGAUUAUGAAAUGAAGAAGCUUUCUGAGAAUAAUGAGAGAGCUGCCAGUAAGGAAAGUGACUUUCCUAAUAAAAGGAGGAAUCAGAUACUAGCUGGACUCUUUGCAACUGUGGCAAUGACUGGCUAUGCACUAUCUACAGGAUUAGUUGGGGUGAAGUUGAAAGAUGAUGACGAUGAUGAUUCAGAAGAGCUUGCAGAGUAUCAAGACUUAUUUGAGAAUUCUGAAAGUACUGACAGUUAGUAAUGCAAAGGAAUUUUUGUGAACAUAAUGUGGUGCUGUUAAACAAGCCUUAUACAAUGUUUGUAUGGCAAAUGUUAUUUAUUUUAGUAUAUAAUAUACUUGUACCUCAGCAGCA